AUGGUCUUCGGGCUGAUAGUGCGGGCGGGCGUUGUGUACGCCGUUUUCAUGAUCACCGAAAGGUACGGCGUCUGGGAGUCACCGGAUGUGACUCAGGAUGUGUAUAAUGAAACCGUCGAGUACAUCGAGCCGUAUGCGGAUAAGGCACGCCGCCACCUAAAAAUCUGCCCGCCCAGGCCGCCGCCCCAGGGCGAGUGGGCGUUCUUUAGCAUUCACUACUACAACCAGGCGGUGAAAUCUGUCUUCGACGUACUAAGCCUUGUGCCUUACGGAAUGGCAAUGGUCCUGGAGAAGGUCCCAGGCUACUGCACCGUCCUGUAUGAGAACACUCGCAAGUUGCUUCAGGAGAGCGGAAAGUCCAAGCAGAAGGAGAUAACGAUAUCCAAAGGUCAGCUGGACGAAACGCCAUUGGUCAGGCCACAUUGCCAGGAUAAGAACUGCCCGAAGAAACCACCUCUAAUUCCGCCGCACGAGCACUGUCCCAAGGGUAAAAUGGACGGCUUUAUCUACGAACCGCGUAUGCCCAAGAAAUCAAGAUGCGAAUGCUCCAAGUGCAAGGAACGACCGCGGGAGAAAUGGUUGGAAAAGGAAUGCACCAGAGAUUUAGAAUUAAAGAAGGGCAAAUGUGACUGUGGCGAUCCAGUGCAACAGGAGAACAUCAAAAUCUGCAAGAAGUGCAAAAAAAAACUACCCAAGGACGUUACUAACUAGGCCCCUGAAGAAAUUUCUGUGUUAUCUUGGCGAAUAAAAUUUGGUCUACCCCA